UUGUAGCAGUAAAGUGUUAAUAGACCAGUGAAGAGAGAAAGGAGUGACAGAAUGAUAUAAAACUAACCUUCUCUCUCCCUCCCUCUCUAGUCUACAGAAGAGAUUCUAAGAGUUAAUGGAGGGUCACUCUCCCCGUCAAUCAAUCAAUGGAACCAGUACCACUAGCAGCACUGGCGGGACAGGACAGCAGAGUUUUGAGUCCUGGUUAUCCGACUACUGGUACAUAUUGUUGAUAGUCCUUGCCGUACUGGUGGUCCUCUGUGUGUUAGUCUGUGCCUGUAUUCUCCGAACUAAACCACGCUACAGUACCCCACCUGGACUGAUGACUGCUCCACCCACUGCCAAUAAUAACAAUGAGUCACUGAGGGGAAGCAACAAUACCAAUAAUGUUUCCAGUAUCCGGUCUUCAAUGCCUACCAUAUCGGGUGGUUCUACUCCCAUCCCCUCCCCCAACUCCUCCCAGCAGUCAGUGAGGGGAUUCAAUGGAGUGGGCGGGGCUAACGGCAGGAUAGUCAGAGCUUCACCACGACUGAGCUCAACAUCCAGCGAUACACUGAGACCCGGUGCUAACAGUGUAUCAUCCAACAGCUCCACCUCGUUAUUGAGGGGCGGGGCCAGUCCCAAUCGCUCAUCUCCUAAUGAACGGUCGUCCCGUAGACCCCGCGGUCCCAUGGUCCGUGUGACCAGUCUACCGGACGUACAGGGAGGGAUGAGACCAGCUGGGUCUAUGGUGUCAGUGGAGUCCAGUGGGUCAGGAAGAACUGGAGUAUCUUACAGGGUCCACCCUUCGAUUGACUCUGAGGCUGUCGUGGAAGUUGGUGUUACAGUGCUCACUCCUGGUGAUCCUGAAAGAGCUUCCAGGAUAGCAACAGCUGCAGCCAUUGCUGAGUCAGCAAGAAAACUAGCACAAGAAGCAGCAAGCUUCAUCGAUAAUGAAGCUGAGAGGGAUCAUUACAGAAUGGGCAGUUCCUAUUAUUCUCGUCCAGGUAGUGGUAGGUCGGCCCGUUAUCCAGUAUCCUACCAUAGUCCGUACCGCGGUACAGCAGAGGAAAGGGGGCGCCCCCUUCAAUAUGAGAGAUACAAUUACCCCGCCCCCCAGGGGAUCGAACUUUACGAAUAUCAUUACCCAGACUCAGACCAGUACCAAUCAGACUCAUACCACAGAACGAACAUUGACUCAUACCAUGACCCAUACUACUCUGACACUGACCCGGCCUACUUUAAUAAUAGGGGUGGGGCUCAUUAUUAUUCAUAUCGUCAUGGUAACGCGGGCACUAGACGCUCCUCUGAUACAAGGGUACAGUAUAAUGAGACAGUACGGGCUAACAGUGAGGAGGAUGAGCCUACUGGUGGUAGUAAUGGUGAGAAUGGGCUGGAGGGACCAGCUGGAGGAGGAGGAGGGAGGGAACUGGUUGAUGAUGAGGAGACCACCUCUUCAAUGGAGAGUGAGGCUAGUGGGGAGGACUCCAUCAGACCACCCCCUCCCCCUCUCUCCUCCUCUGCUCCUGCUGCUAAACACUUGAAGAACAGACACUUAAAGACUUAUAACACAACCCCAGCCAUCAACCCUGGCCUAAGGCCUGAGCCUCCUUCUCAUUACUUCUACAGACAGAACUCCUACCCUAAGAUCAGAGGAGUUGAAAGAUACGGACAUUAUCAUCAUGGGCCUGGACCUGUUGGUUCAGUGACCCCACGGGACAGACGGCACUCCAUCACAUACAAACAAUCAACUCACCUACCUCAUCCUAUUGAUGACCACAUUACUGUUGAUGUAUGAUCUAGUUCUCUCUCUCUCUUUUUCUGUGUAUUAUUAUUUAUGUACUCAUUGGCACAUUAUCAGUAAAUUUAAAUA